CGGUGGCUCCCCGAGCGUUGCAGGACCGGACCGCACCGCACCGAUGGAGCCGUCGAGGCUGGAGAAGUUCUCGAGCCCCGGCAAGGGCAGAGGACUGCGGGCCCUGGCCCGGCUGCACCCCGGAGAUCUGCUCUUCAGCUCCAAGCCCUUAGCCUACACGGCGUGCAAGGGCAGCCCAGCCGCCGUGUGCGACCAUUGCCUCUGCAGGAAUGAAAAUCUUCUCCGAUGCUCUCGAUGCAAAGUUGCCAGAUACUGUGGUUUAGUAUGUCAGAAACAAGCUUGGCAAGACCACAAAAGAGAAUGCAGCUGCCUACUGAGUUCCAAGCCCCGGUUUCCUCCCGAUUCAGUCAGACUGCUUGGCAGAGUUGUUUUCAAGCUACUGAGAGAAUCAUCUUGUCCUUCAGAGAAACUCUACUCUUUUUCGGAACUGGAAUCAAAUAUUAAAAACCUAAGUGAAGAAAAGAGAGAGGGCCUGGGAUACCUUGCUGUGACCUUAAAGCUUUACUUGAAAGAAGAAAUCCAAGAUGCUUCCCAGCUGCCACCUGGUUUCAACAUUUUUGAAUCCUUUGCCAAAGUGAUAUGUAACGGUUUCACCAUCAGCAAUGGAGAGAUGCAGGAAGUUGGUGUUGGCCUGUAUCCUAGCAUGUCUCUGCUCAACCACAGCUGUGACCCCAACUGUGUAAUCGUCUUUGAAGGAACUUCCCUCUUCCUCCGGGCAGUUCGGGAAAUCCAGAAAGGUGAAGAGCUCACCAUAUGCUACCUUGAUGUGCUGCUGCCCAGCCAAGAGCGUCAGAAGCAGCUGAAGGAACAGUAUUGCUUUGCUUGCGACUGCAUCCGUUGCAAGACCCAAGACAAGGAUGUGGACAUGUUGGCUGGUGAGGAGCCUUUUUGGAAAGAAGUUAAAGAUGCUGUGGAUACAGUUGAAGAGCUCCAGUCGCAAAAGAAGUGGGAGCAGGUUUUGGCUACGUGCCAGGCUCUUAUAAACAACCAUAAAGAUCGGAUUCCAGACAGAAACAUCUAUCAGCUCAAAAUGCUUGACUGCGCAAUGGAUGCCUGUAUUAAUCUCAGCCUGUGGGAGGAUGCCCUGUUAUAUGGCCGUCGGACUUUGGACCCGUACAGGCUUUAUUACCCAGGCUUUCAUCCCAUUAAAGCUAUCCAGAUAAUGAAAAUAGGCAAACUGCAGCAGCAUCAAGGCAUGUUUCGGGAAGCCCUGGAGACUCUGAGGGAGGCUUUUGAUCUCCUGAAAGUGACCCACGGCAGAAGACACAGCUUGACAGAAGAGCUGCUGACACUUUUGGGGGACUGCGAGGCCAGCCUGAGGGUCACUGAGGAGGGCCUCCUGAGACUGGAAGGCCAGGACUCCAGAUAAAAGACAACACAAGCAUUGUUGGAAAUGUCUAGGCUGAGUCCGCUAUCCUUAUUCUAGCAGUGAUCUUUUGGUUUGCUCCGUGAGUGCCCCGCCCCGGUGAAAUGACGGCAUUUGAUUCUGCCGGCCAGUGAGGUCUCGCAGAUGUUCUGCACGUCAAUAAAAGCCUUAAAAUGAUUUCUAAAA